AAAGUUCGUGAUACGUAGCGGGUUCAUGUGCUUUAUACAUUCUAUGUGAACGGUGAUGGAAAACUAUGGUGUUCAAGUGUAGGAUGAAGUCUGGGAUCAUAAGAUAAGAGUUCUAUGAUAUUUCUUCAUCAAGUUUGCUCAUUUAACAUUCGACGACAAAGUUUCCUUCGUUUUCCGAACUACAAAAAUUGACAUUGUACAAUGCUCAAACGAAACUUAUUUCUGGGUGUUAACAAAGUGACGAUGGAGAAUCAUCAAUAAAACGGAAGGUCUUCGUACGGCACUGGCCCGGCUGCGACUAAAAUCAUCCACACCCAUCAAUCAAUCCUCAUCGCAUCAGUCUUCAAACCAGGGUGUGCCGUCUGAUGAAAGCGGCAUCACCAACCUGUGUUCCACUACAAAUUCAACUUCACAAACAUCUGAAAUGACCGUGAAAUCGCAGACGGGCCCUAGAUCACCCCGACCUCCCGAAGACCUCAUAACAACGGCAACCUCGGCUCUCAGACGAUUACAUUUCAAAACUGCACGUAACUCCAAUAGAGGUUCAUCCAAGCAGGAUCAAACUUCUGUCCCAAAAGUGAUAGUCAUGGGUUCAAGCUCUGCAUCAGAGACCACAAUCAAUACAAGCACCGAUAGCUCCAACACAUUGGUAACAACAAUAACAAUGACAGACGGAAAUAACACUGAGGAUAGUUUAGAUAUUACAGAUUCAUUGGACAACCUCACUUUGGAAAACUCAAUUUUAUCAAGUCAGAUGCAACCUCUUACUGUACCACCAAACAUGAUGUCAACAAUGUGUCACUUUUCCUCUCCGAGUAAAAAUGAAAAGCUAUUUAAUUUCGGACUUCAGCCGUUGGUAGAUAAGGCACAAGAUACUGAAUCAAUAAAUGCCCUGAAAGGAAACACAUCACCAGACAAACUGAAAAUUCUUGAUGUAAAGAACUAUAUUAGGAAAGCAAAUAUAAACAUAUUAAUGGGGCAGCAGACAGAAGCUUGGAAUUUAGAAGCUAAAAGGCGAAACAGCUAUAAAGCCGCACAAAAUGAUCCCGAUAGUAUCGAAAUGGUGGUUUCGAAAAACAAUCAAUCGAAAGAUACGAAAGAAAAAAAAAGUUUGAGAAGCAAAUUGGUGAUGGAAGGAGACGGAAACCAAAGGAUGUCUUCAAAAAAGUGGACGGAAAUCCCAAUGUAUUCAUCAUCAGAAAAUGAAACUGAAUCACCGCGACCUAAACACAGACAUAAAAAAUCAAGCAGGAGGCAUAACUCCCCUAAGAAUUGUGAUAAAUUUCUUUAUGAUGAACACCAAGUUGCGAAAUAUCGGGAUACUGCAGAUCUGACAACGCCUGACUUAAAAAUAGGUUUUUCCACAGAAACCAUGGACAAUUGUCAAAGAAACGGAAUGUCCAACAAACUGCACCCUUCGGAAAAACGGGGAAGCGUGUGUCUGAACAAAUGCCUGAGAGAGGUAGGGACUAAACUCGAUCUGUCAGUAAUAACAUCAUCUCCCAUAAAUGUGACUACGAAUCCAUUAGACAACUCGGUAAAUUUUGAAAAAAAAGCAACGCAAGCUACUAUUGUUGUCCAGCAGCCAUCAUUAACUUUGGAUCAUGGAAAUAUUUCGACGAUUUUACUGAAAAACGGUAGUGAUUUCGUUUCGAGUGUUGAGGUAAAUACUAGGUUCAAAAGAGAGGAGAACAUGAAGCAAUUAUUGGAUAUUGCUAACAACCUGACUCUGGAGGAGAUACAUGAUUUUGAGAUGAGAUAUGGAAGUCCUCAUCACAACAGAUCUCAGUCUGUCAAGACUCCUGGAAGGACUUCUAGCAGACCUAAUUACCUAUGUCUUCCACAACAGAGAUCAAGGGUAGCUUCAAUGCCAAACACCGGAGUAGAAGAAGAAUAUUACAGGCUAAGGCACUUUUCUAUCACUGGAAAAGGCAUUGUUAAUAGGGGUGAUAGCUUGAAAAGUAGGAGGUCACGAUCAAAUAACUCCGUAGGAUCUAGUAAUUCGAGUACCGAACAUUUGCCUGGACCCACAUCAACAGCAGGAUCAGUAAGGACAUCAGCUUCUUGUAGUCUAGCAUCUUCACGAGAGUCUUCUACAAGUGCACCAGGUUCUACCUCCUACAAGGUUCUCAUGCUGGGCGGUCCAGCAGUAGGAAAAUCUUCCCUUGUGUCGCAGUUUAUGACUUCAGAAUAUCUUCAUGCCUAUGAUACCAGUAUUGAUGUCCGUAGACGAGGACUUGGAUACAAAUCUGCUGGAUAUUAUCAUGUGGAUGACGAUACUGGGGAGAAAUCCGUUUUCGUUUUAUUGGCUGGUGAAGAAUCGGAAUUAAUAUUUCUAGACUUCUCCACAAAUGAUAUAUCACCAGGUCAAUGCAUCAACAAAUAUACGGAUCCUCAUGCCUACUGCGUAGUAUUUUCCAGUGCUGAUAGGUCUUCUCUCAACUCUGCAGAGAACAUUCUUCAGAUAUUAUGGACUUUGGAAACUAUUAGUACAAAAGCUGUUAUUCUUGUGGCAAACAAAGCUGAUUUAGUGAGAUCGAAGAUGGUACCUACUGAAGAAGGCAAAUCGAUCGCCAGAGCUUAUGACUGCAAAUACAUAGAAACGUCUGUUGGAAUUAAUCAUAACGUCGACGAGCUACUAGUAGGAAUCUUGUCCCAAAUUCGACUUAAGCUCGAGAACCCUGAUAGAUCACGCGAUUUGUUCCGGAAGAGAAGCAACUCUAGAAGAAACCUGACCAGAAACCACUCACCCGGUACAGUCAAGGCAGCACCAGUAGGAAGCGUUCCAAAUUCACCAAAAAAAUUCAGAGGCUCCAGAACAUCAGCUAGCUUGAAAGUUAGAAGUUUAUUAGGAAAAGUAUGGGCCAGAGAUAGUAAAUCGAAGUCGUGUGAGAAUUUACAUAUUCUUUAAAUAUUUUCGUUAGUUUCGUUGUGAAACAAUUAGAAUUAUAGAUCAAUCUUCAGAUCUAUAUCCUACAGAACCAUACCUCUAAAUUUGUUUUAUGGAUGUAUACCUAAUGUUUUCUGUUUUUUCAGAAUAUACAUAACUGAAUCCAA